CCUGGCGGCGUGGGCUGAGGCGCGGGGUCCCGGCAUCGCCAUGGUGUCGCGCGUGCAGCUCCCGCCCGAGAUCCAGCUGGCGCAGCGCCUGGCGGGGAACGAGCAGGUCACCCGGGACCGGGCGGUGAGGAAGCUCCGGAAGUACAUCGUCGCCCGGACUCAGCCGGCCGCAGGUGGCUUCACGCACGACGAGCUGCUGAAGGUGUGGAAGGGGCUGUUCUACUGCAUGUGGAUGCAGGACAAGCCGCUGCGCCAGGAGGAACUGGGGAGGACCAUUUCUCAGCUCGUGCACGCCUUCCAGACGGCCGAGGCGCAGCACCUGUUCCUGCAGACGUUCUGGCAAACCAUGAACCGGGAGUGGCCAGGCAUCGACAGACUGCGCCUGGACAAGUUCUACAUGCUCAUGCGGAUGGUCCUCAACGAGUCCCUGAAGGCCGUGAAGGCGCAUGCGUGGGAAGAGAGACAGAUCGAGCAGCUGCUGGAGCUGCUGACCACCGAGAUCCUGCACCCCGACAGCCAGGCCCCCAACGGCGUGAAGAACCACUUCACUGAGAUCUUCCUGGAGGAGCUGAGCAAAGUGGGCGCCAAGGAGCUCACAGCGGACCAGACCCUGCUGUUCAUCGAGCCCUUCUGCAGGAUUGCUGCCUCCACCAAGGACUCCCUGGUUUUGCAUAACAUCACUCGCGGCAUCUUUGAGACGAUUGUGGAGCAGGCCCCGCUUGCCAUCGAAGACCUGGAGCACGACCUGGAGGACGAGGAGGAGGAGGACGAGGAGGAGGAGGAGGAGGAGGAGGACGAAGGGGAGGAGCAGGAGGGGGAGUCCUCAGAGGCUGAGAGCCAGCAGGACCUGCGGUCAGAGCGGCCGCCCGCAGGCUCCACCCAUGGGGCUGACCCUGGGGCAGGCCAGGAACCGGCAGGAGACAGCGGGGACAGCGAGGGCCCUGUCCUCCAGUUUGACUACGAGGCCGUUGCGAACAGACUGUUUGAGAUGGCCAGUCGCGAGAGCACCCCUUCUCUGAACAGGAAGCGUCUCUACAAGGUGGUCCGGAAGUUGCAGGACCUGGCCGGAGGCAUCUUCCCCGAGGACGACGUCCCAGAGGAGGCCUACCGGAAGCUUCUGGAAGGGAAGCGGGAGAGGAAGAGGAAGAAGCAGCAGCGGCGUCAGUCCAGGUCCCCGUUGCAGAAGCAGAAAGGGAAGGAGGCGGCGGCCUCGGAUCCGGACCCGAGCCCCCGAGUUGGGAGGAAGAGGAGCAGGAGGAAGGGCAGGGGGGCCGAGCCCACGGCGCGCAGCGGAGGGCGGCCCGCCAGAGUCGGGGGCACUGCGUCCCGAGAGCAGCCCUCGGGCGCCUGUCAGGGAGGGGCUCACAAGAGAAGGCGGCCCCGGCAGGCGGCCGGGGCCAGAGCUAAGGUGGCCGGUGUGCAGGAGCCGAAGAAGAAGAAGAAGCGGACGCUGGCGAGCGGGGAGUGAGGCCUGGCCGGGGCGGCGGGGCCGCUGCCAGCUCCGUGUGUGCACCGCUGAGGUGGAGACUGGCGCCUGCCUGGAGCAGCGCUGCGGCGGGCCUGGACGGGCCUGGACUUCCGGGGCUUGUCGGGCAGGCAGGCGUGGAGUGAGAGCUCGCAGGGCUGUGGUGGCCACGGGCUGUGUGGUCGUUGGCGGGGCGGAGUUGCUGCCUGUGUGGACAUGGCUGACUGCUGUGUGGGAGUGCGCAGAGCGGCACCCCGCCUGCCGGCGCUGUGAGACACACGUGGUCAGCCCGUGCCGGCGGCUCACGCGCUGCAGUACCGGGCACGGGCGUCCUGACCGUGAGCCCGAGUCCCCCGCCCACUCAGUCUUUGGAAAAUAAGCUUUACUG